AUGAACCUGAAUUUGUCAGUAACCAAAGCAUGGGAAAGUUUUCAUCGUGAUGGUAGUGUUGCAGACGGGCAACUGCGGAAGCAUACUUUAAGAGCUUUAUCUGAGGAAAUCACUCGCAAAGCACGCGUAGCGGCUUUGAGAAAAGAGCUUGCUGUGCUGGAGUCAGAUCUUGCCAGCAUCGCACCCAGUACACAGGACAUGGUCGAGCAGUUGGCAAGACGAGAAUGUCUUGAACUCAGCAACCAGAUCAUGAGCAGAUUGCCACGCGAGGUGCGCGACAUGAUUUACCUUCAUCUCAGCACACGAGACGUCGAAAUCAUCGAGCGCGAACACUUCCGCACCACACUAGACCCCUUGACGCGAUUGUACUCGUAUAAUUUCGAGCGAUGGAAGAAGCAACAUUUCCAGGAGCAUUACUGGAAUCCUGAAUACGUGUCAAAGCCAUUAUACAAUGAGCUGGUGGAAAACUACUAUCGCACAUCUACUUUUGUCUUCAGCGACGAUCCGGGCGUCAUGAAACGGUUCCUGACGACAGAUGAGAUGCGCCUGGGGCUACUUCCCAAAGACUUGGUCGCAAAGGUGGAGAUAGGCCUCAACGCCGUAUCACAUGAUCGAGGAUCUUUCCGUGCAUACAUGUUCGGAGUACCAAAAAGUCCAGAGCGGAUGCGGGAGGCAGUGGAGGGGCUCUUCGAGCUCAAGACGGGAGCUCGGGCGGUGAUUAGAUUUGUGACUGAGGCCAAGACACAAGAGGAGAGAGACGAGCAUUGCAGGGGGGCGAUGGAGACGCUUUUUAACGAGGCGCAGAGAGAGAAGAUGAAGAAGUACAAGGUUAAGUUUGUAGUGGAUGACUCAAAGACAGUGUCUAACUACCUGAUUGGUUAUGACAUUGAGUUUGAGCUGUACACCAACAGUAGGUUAUUUACCGACAAAAUACCAAUUCUAGUCAACACUUUGGUAUCUUUCAAAAUGCGACUUACCGCUCGCACGCAGCAAGUCAGAUCACCAUUGUCGCCAGCCAUGCAGACGCCGCUCUCGCACUCCCUUUAUGACAAUUUCGUGUGCUAUGACCAGGAAAUGGACAAGUCCCCGGUGGCAGCGAUGUGGCUAUCGGAUGUGGGGACGGAUCCGGUUAGACGGAGGAUCGCUAACAAAAACUAG